UCUAUUGGACGAAUUGUUUUGUCUCCAUAGGUAGGGCUGACUGGGUUUGAGAGAAAAAUAAUCAGGCAACGUGAAGGACAACUAUAACUCCAGAAGAACAAGGGAGGACCUCGCAAAGGGAAAGUAAGCAGAGACAGUGUAUUGUUGUGUGUAAGAUUCUGAAUAAUCAUUUAACAAAGUUGCCCUCCUCCGCUCAGUAUGGCAGCUCGGCGUGCAUUAAAGGCAGUACUGGUUGAUCUCAGUGGAACUCUGCACGUUGAAGACUCUGCCAUACCUGGAGCACAAGAAGCUCUCAAAAGACUGCGGAGCGCUCCAGUUGCUGUCAAGUUUGUGACCAAUACCACUAAAGAGUGUAAAAGGACACUGUUUGAGAGGCUGAAAAAGCUGGAGUUUGAUAUCGCCGAAGAUGAGAUUUUUACAUCCCUGACUGCUGCCAGAAACCUGUUGGAGCAUAAGCAGCUUAGACCAGUGCUGCUGGUGGAGGACAGCGCCCUGGAGGACUUUCAAGGAAUCGACACUAGUGAUCCCAAUGCCGUGGUGAUAGGAUUAGCUCCAGAGCACUUCAACUAUCAGACAAUGAACAGUGCCUUUAGAUUAAUUCUUGAUGGCGCUCCACUGAUUGCAAUACACAAAGCCAGGUACUAUAAGAGGAAAGAUGGUUUAGCGCUGGGACCGGGGCCAUUUGUCACUGGUCUGGAAUACGCUGCAGACACAAAAGCAACUGUAGUGGGAAAACCAGAGAAAACGUUCUUCCUUGAGGCUCUCCGAGACCUUGGCUGUUCUCCAGAGGAGGCUGUUAUGAUCGGUGAUGAUGCAAGAGAUGAUGUUGGUGGUGCACAAAAUGCUGGCAUGCUGGGAAUAUUAGUGAGAACUGGUAAAUACCGACAAGGAGAUGAAGGUAAAAUAAAUCCACUGCCCUAUCUAACCUGUGACGGCUUUCCCCAAGCGGUGGAGCAAAUAAUUGAGAACCUUCUUUGACAGGAGGAAAUAGUGGACAGCAUUAAAUACUUGAAUAAUAUUAGUAGACAAAUACCAUGGGACAAGACGAGUACGUAUUUAUCAAGAAUAAUAAUCAAGCUGUAAUUCUUUUGUUAUGAAAAAAAAAAACAUGUAAAACAUGUCUUUUAUUGUAAGAUCCUGCCUGCUCAAUCUGUGAGAAAUGAUGUAUCUUAUAAUACGACAUCCUACACAUGACUUGACCUCUUAACUUAUUAUAAAUCACAAAAGCAAAUAUUGUAUUGGUGGUAUUGAUUUUUAACCUUUAGAAUUGCGCUGUGUGUUCUAUGCACAAGGUGACAUCUGUCAUUUUGACAAAUCCUUUGUUGAUUUGGUUAAUUUUUUUUUUAUUAUUUAUAUUGACCAAUAUACUCACACUAUUAACUGCUAUUUGAAGUACAUCAUUUUGGUUUGAUUGAGGCUUUCAGUAGUAGUUUGUAAGAAAAAAAUGGUUAAAUGAAUUUCAGUAAGCAUCACAACAGUAGACCCUAUAGAUGCCACAGGGUAUAUAAAUUAGUCUCCUUAUUCCACAACAAUUUGGUUAAGUAAUGUUUUAUUGUUUACAAAUAUGGAGUAUUACACAUAAACCACAAACCUGUUUUAUGUAACUAUUAAACUUGGUUAGGUCCUGCUCUGUGUUCAAUUGUUGUACUGCAAAAAUAACUGCCUAAUUAGAAGAUGCAAUGUUCAAAUGCCUAAUUCAAAAGCUAAUGUUAAAUAAAGGUGUUUAACACCAUA